AUGAAUCUCCUACGUCCGCCGGUGCAGCGAAAACGUGCUUUAUCUGUAAACAAUGCUACCGACUCAGAGAAAAAAGCUAUGAACAAUGCCCUCGAUAACCUCCAGAAUGACUUAGGUCUCAUAGAGUCUCAAUGGAGUAGGAUUAUCACCAAAAAAACCAAUCCCCUUGAAUUGGCUCUCAAUUUUCUUGAUGACACAUCAGUAGGGUUAGGUCACCGAUAUGGUGAGUUCAAUCACCUGAAGUCACAGCUAGCGGGGGACCUUCAACAAGCUGUCAACGAACAUUAUCAAGCGUUUAACACAAAUAUUGCAUCUUACGAGCAGACUUUGGAAUAUAUCAGCGAGUCUCAACGCAAUAUAGGUACGGUAAGAGAUACUGUUGACGACUCCCUAUCGAGAAUUACAAAUCCCAAAGGAUCACUUGGAGAGCUAAAUGAGAACUCCAAUCAAUACACUAAAAUGAUCGAAAUAUUAGGUGCAAUUGAGCGAUUAUUGAGAGCUCCUGAUGUAAUAGAAGAUCAUAUCCGGAAUAAACGUUAUGCAGAAGCGAAAGAUGCUUUGAUGCGCUGCUUUUCAUUGGCGAACUCCCACAAUCUAUGGAACUUAAAAGUGCUGCAAACCACUAAGCAAAUUUUAGAUUCUCAAGAGCAUACUUUAUUUGAAACUUUGAUGGAGGAUAUAAACGAUAUAAUAUACUCGAAAAGAACCAAUGUCUCAACACAAAAGGAGCUCUUCCAAAUUUCGGUGUCAGACACAAGUUUCAACAGUCUAGAGAAUUACUUAAGCAGUGUUGUUAAUAUAGACAUCUUGGAGCAAUCUCACGAAAUUAACAAAGCUUUGAAUCUUUUCCUAAACAAGUUGGGAAGAAGCUUUGCUGAUCCAAGCACUUGUAACAAUCUGACAAUUGAAAGUGAAUCUGAAUAUGAUAGACUCUUCACACUUUUAAGCACACUCAAUGACAUGAACAGACUACACGCUGGUCUUUCAAUCAUAGUCCAGAGAUCGAAAGAAGAAACGCGAAGUAUCGUAUCCAAGUCGGUUGACGAAAUGCGUUUAAAACAUCCAUCCCUGAUGAAAAUGGCAAUGACACUCGGUGACGAAAGUGACUUCGGUAUCUCAGGAAGAGAUGUUCUAUCCGUUGUUCUCCGCAACCUGUUUUGGGGUAUUUUCACUAAGCUGUUGCUCGCUAUUCAAGCACAUCGUGCUAUUUAUGAAAUAUCCAAAGUAUUACAGUCAUCGGGUACUAACAACGAUUUCUACAGAUUUGAUGAAGUUUGGGGCAAAGUUUUAGAUGAAGUUAAAGUUUUGGUGAAUAAUUAUACUAAAAACUCCUUACUGUACAAAGAUAACCUACAUCGUGGAUCUGCAGUGAUUCCAACUGAAAAUGGGAAUAAUUCGGCUAGUCAGAAAUCAUUACUAUUCUCUUUGCAGAGCAAUAUUGAAAAUGAUUCUGCAACUAAGGAUCACGCAAAUGUUUUGAAAGAGAUGCUUAAGGAAAUGUUCCCUGGAUUUUCGAUGGCUACGAGCAUGGAGUUAAAAAAUAUCUACCUGGAGGAAGAGGCUUUCGAACAAGAAGAUACCGUGAUCCCCCCUAAGGUAUUCAAUAUGAUGUUCAUUCUGGAAUCCUUUUUGCUUUUUGUUCAAGGCUCAUCGGGUAUUCUGCCACUUAACUUCCACGAAACUAUACAACCUCCAUUUUCUUUUUUUACGGAAUACAUGAGAAAGAACUUUCUUCCGCACUUAGAGAAGACAUUGAUGUACUUUUUUGAUUCCAAAAUUCAAUCUAACAACCCUUACACUCUUGAAACAAUGGGUGAUGGAAGGGUAAUCUUCAAGGCUGCCUAUGAUUUCAGAACUUUGUUUGCAAAAGCACUUUAUGUCAUGAAUGCCUCACAUAAUUAUAGAAAAAGCAUCGUUGAUGUAUUGCUGAAAUUACUCAAUCGAUUCUUUGAGUUUUAUUACAAUAUUUUCAGCGGUCUACUGGGGUCUUCUCAUAAUCGCUUCAAUAAAAAACUAAUAACAGUUUGGCUGGAAAACACAACUCUUGUUGAACUGACGGAGAAAGUGUUUCAAGGGCACAAGGAGUGCGUCUCAGAGGAAAAUUUCGAAAUGUUUAAAAGCAUUCCAGAGUUUUAUCAGCGAGGAAAAUGCAUUGAUAAACAAGACUUUUUUAAUAACGUUACUUUAGACACAUUGGCGUUCUUUUUGAGCACAAUUACGUGGGUAAACGAGUGGUUGCCACAGUUAAAGAAGGUUGUCGCCGAAUCUGUAUACGGAGAUGCAGAUACAGAUGCAGAUAAGUUAAGAGGAUCUUGGUCAUUUUUCGAGGCCGCAGAUUUUGAAAAUAUCGAAAGGUUCAAUAACUUGAAGAUAUCGCUGUGCGGUGAAAGUAUCAAUAAAUUCGAUAAAAUAGCCAAAGGAUUUGAAAAGAUCGAACAUAAGCUGCUUGCGUGCUUAAGAUAUGAUCUCCGGGUAAGAUCGAUAUACUAUAUUACAGAGUUCAUACACACAUCUUCAUGGAAUCCAACAGUUGCGAGUGUUGAGCUUGAUCAAAACAUUUCCACUUUAACUACUGAACUGGGCACGAUGGAGAAUCGAUUCAGGGAGCUCAUUUCUGGAAGACAGAAAGAUUUCUUAUUUGCAGGCCUAACAAUUGUUCAUAAUUACAUUUUCAUCGAGGCUUCGCGGUCGAUUUUGAUAUUGAAUCACAACGGCAUCAAAAAAAUGAUCAGAAACAUAAACGUGCUUCAACAUGCUUGCCGGAAUAUAGCAAAUGAACCUUCCGAUGUAGACAUGAGUAGAGCGCUUACAUUCUUUUAUCUUUGCUCUACAAAUGAAAUGACAAUCAUAAACAAAGCACAUGCAGGGGAACUCGACGAUUAUUCUCACGAAGACAUAAAGAACAUGCUGAGACUGCACCUCAGUGAAGAAUUGCAGCGCCAAAUGAAGCGACAGAGUGGCACACAUAGAGUACCUUCUAUCUCAGCGAACAAAAGGCUUACAGACGCUAUGAAGCGUUUGGAUGAGGUGCCACAUAAAUAA